AUGAUGAUGCUGAAAGUAGAGGAGCUGGUGACAGGGAAGAAGAGUGACAAUAAAGAGACUGGAGAUUUCCUUCCUGAGGACUUCAAAAAUGGAGAGUACGAAACUGCUGUAAGAUUAGAGAAACAAGAAGACCUGAAAACACUCCCUGAACACUCCCUGACCCGAGGAAACCUGACCUAUGAAAAGGAGAAAAAGCUACAGGCAGAGAUCAAGAAGAAAAAGCUAGAGGAGAGACCAAAACUUGAAAACUUGCAAGAUCUUGAAAAAAUUAUUCAGCUGAAGAAAAGGAAAAAAUGCACAAAAGUGAAAGUGCCCGUUUUAAAGGAACCUGAACCAGAAGUUAUUACAGGACCAGUGGAUGUACCUACAUUUUUAAAAGCUGCACUGGAGAAUAAAUUGCCAGUAAUUGAAAAAUACCUGUCAGACAAAGGGGAUCCAGAUGCUUGUGAUAAGUAUCAACGCACUGCAUUGCACAGAGCAUGCUCAGAAGGACAUCUGACGCUGGUGGAAAAGUUAGUUGAAGCUGGAGCCCAACUUGAGUUCCAAGAUAUGCUUGAAUCUACUGCUCUUCACUGGGCAUGUCGUGGGGGAAGCCUGGAAGUUCUGAAAUUCCUGCUCAACAAAGGAAUAAACAGAAACGCCAGAGACAAGUUGCUCAGUACACCUUUGCAUGUAGCUGUGAGGACGGGUCAGUGUGAAUGUGCUGAGCACCUCAUUGCCUGUGAAGCAGAUCUCAAUGCCAAAGACAGAGAAGGAGACACCCCACUUCAUGAUGCAGUGAGGCUGAAUCGUUAUAAAAUGAUUAGACUCCUGAUUAUGUAUGGAGCAAAUCUACAUAUAAAGAACCGUGUAAAGAAAACCCCUAUGGAUCUUGUUCUUCAGUGGCAGAAUGGCACCAAAGAGAUAUUCAACAGCCUUAAACAGAACUCCCAUAUAAACACAUUCUGA